CACGCCGGGUGCGACGGCGGGACGCGGCGGAGCUGCCUCUCGCCAUGGGCGGUGGGUGCCGGGCCCGGGUCCCGCCGACCGCGGGGCUUCGGCUGCUGCUCGCCCACGCCGUGCUGUUCUGCGCCGCCGGGAGCGCCGCCGGCACCGGCUCCGUGAAUCCCUGUUGCUAUUUCCCCUGCCAGAACCAAGGGGUGUGUGUGAGGGUCGGCCUGAGAGGAUACGAGUGUGACUGCACGCGGACCGGGUACUACGGGGCCAACUGCACCUCCCCUGAGUUCUGGACACGUCUCCACAAUCUGCUGAAGCCCAGUCCUGCCUUCUACCACUUCAUCCUGACCCACUUCAAGUGGUUUUGGGACAUUAUCAACAGCACCUUCAUCAGGGGCACGCUCAUGAGGCUCGUGCUGACAGUUCGUGCCAAUCUCAUCCCCAGCCCCCCCACUUUCAACUCUGACUAUGGCUACAUCAGCUGGGAGGCCUAUGCCAACGUCAGCUAUUACACCCGUGUCCUCCCGCCCGUGCCGGACGACUGCCCCACGCCCAUGGGCACCAAAGGGAAGCUGCAGCUCCCUGACCCCCAGCUCCUGGCAGAGAGGUUCCUGCUGCGGCAGAAGUUUGAGGCUGAUCCUCGAGGCACCAACAUGAUGUUUGCCUUCUUCGCCCAGCAUUUCACCCACCAGUUCUUCAAGACAUCUGGGAAGAUGGGACGUGGCUUCACCAAGGCUCUGGGGCACGGGGUGGACCUGGGACAUUUGUACGGGGACAACCUGCAGCGGCAGCACCAGCUGCGACUUUUCCGAGACGGCAAGCUGAAAUUCCAGGUGGUGGAUGGAGAGGUGUACCCGCCCAUGGUCACCGAGGCCCCGGUUCACAUGGUGUACCCGUCGGGCGUGCCCGAGGAGCAGCAGCUGGCGGUGGGGCAGGAGGUGUUCGGGCUGCUGCCCGGGCUCUGCGUGUACGCCACGCUCUGGCUGCGCGAGCACAACCGCGUCUGCGACCUGCUCAAGCGGGACCAUCCCACCUGGAGCGACGAGCAGCUCUUCCAGACUGCACGGCUCAUCCUCAUCGGGGAGACCAUUAAGAUCGUUGUUGAGGACUACGUGCAGCACCUCAGUGGGUACUACCUGAGCCUCAAGUUCGACCCCGAGCUGUUGUUUGGGUCACAGUUCCAGUACCGGAAUCGCAUCGCCGUGGAGUUCAACCAGCUCUAUCACUGGCACGGGCUGAUGCCCGACUCCUUCAUCAUCCAGGGACAAGAGUACAGCUACAAGCAGUUCCUCUACAACACCUCCAUGCUCAUGGACUAUGGUGUGGAGGCACUGGUGGAGUCCUUCUCCAAGCAGGUGGCAGGAAGGAUUGGUGGGGGACAGACCAUCAAUGCCAAUGUCUUGCACGUGGCAGUUGGGGUCAUCAAGGAGUCCCGACAGCUGAGGCUGCAGCCCUUCAACGAGUAUCGGAAAAGGUUUGGCAUGAAGCCCUACAAGUCCUUCCAGGAGCUGACAGGAGAGGAAGAGAAGGCAGCAGAGCUAGAAGAGCUGUAUGGAGACAUUGAUGCCCUGGAGUUUUACCCAGGCUUGCUGCUGGAGAAACCCCAGCCCAAUGGCAUUUUUGGGGAAAGCAUGGUGGAGAUCGGAGCUCCAUUUUCCCUCAAGGGGCUUUUUGGAAAUCCCAUCUGCUCCCCAGAGUACUGGAAACCCAGUACCUUUGGUGGAGCAACUGGCUUUGAGAUUGUGAAGACGGCAUCCCUGGAGAAGCUCGUGUGCCUCAACGUGAAGAAGUGCCCGUACGUGGCGUUCCACGUGCCGGACGCUGCGGAGCACGGCAGCCCUCAGGCUGCUGGGUCCUCUACAGAGCUCUAGCGGGCUGACCUGCCCAGCGAAUGGUGGGGAUGCAGGAACCUGCUGCCCCUGUGCUGAACAGAAACAGGACAGGAGAUGGUCCCACCCUGGGUGUCCUCCAUGCCAGCCCUCCAGGAGAGGCUGCUCCCUGCUCUCUGAAAAACUCGAGUGCCUUGGGAGUGUGGCUGCCAGCUCUGUCCUCAGCAGACCCAGCUCUCUGAUAGUGAAUGCCUUGCACAAAACAGCUUUGGAGUUCCCCAGUGCACACUCUGGGCUCCCCAGUGCUUUGUCACCUUCCAUCCCCGCUGCCUCCCGGCACCAGGCCACCAGCAGCCCCUCUUCAGAGGGGUCAUAUCCACAUUAUGCCUGAAAACCAUGUUUAGAAUUAGUGAAAAGUGUAAGAUUGGAAAAAUUUCAUUUUAGUUAACUGGUUAGCACUGACUUAAUUCUUACUCACCAGGAGUCCAAUUUUUCUUCACACAACGUCUAUUUCCAGUAGAGACUCUCUUUCCUGCUCAGAACAGGAGCCCAGAGCCCAGGGAGCACUCUCUCCUCCCCUGCUGCACCUGGUGAAGCGAUGAGCUGCCCGAGGGAUGCAGAGGAGGUGGCAGCAUGCAGAGGGAUGGGGAGGUCACAGUGUCUGUGCUGCCCAGUAGUGGCUGAGCUUGCAGUAGAAGCCUGUUCUGAUCCAAUUCUCCUGCAACAGCCUACCCAGCACACAGGCACAGCUGGGAGAAGGAACCAAAGCAGUGUCUCUCGUGGAGGAGACCAGAGAGAAGCAUGAGGUCAGAUCCCCAGACCUCCUGUGUCAUGCUGGCUUGGACCCUGGCAUGUGCCACUGGCUGCCAACCCGGGGCUGCUCAGGGCAAGAUGCUACCUCUGUGCACACAAAGGGAUGGAGUCUCUUCCAUCCCAAAAUCAUCACCCUUCUCUGCACUAACAGCUCAGCAAACACAUCCUCACAGCACACACAGCCUGCUUCUGUCCUCCUCCUGAAACAGAGCUCAGCCCUUGCCCAGCCCAGCCAUGUGAUAGCUGGCAGCCACUGUCACUGGCCUUGAUCCCCAUCAGAUCCUGGUUAAGCUCCAGGAAAAAGGACAUUUAAAAUAAUAAACUAUUUUAAAAACUCCUCUAUUUGUGGCUGUGCCCACCAGCACUGUGCUGGGCCAUUGCUGACUGCACCUGAAACAAAAAAUGGAGCAACUUCUCCCUUAGAAGCUUCCAUGGGGGUCUCUGAGUGUCCUGAGGCAGUUUGAACUUUCUCCCCUCCAGCCACCCCCCAGCCCUGCAUUGCUCAAAUGCCACAAUUCAGUGUUUGGCCACUGCUCUCAGGCACAGGGAGGGAUUGUUGGGGUCAUCCUGGGCAGGGCCAGGGGUUGGACUGGGAUAAUGUUUGUGGGUCCCUUCCAGUUCAGGAUAUUCUGUAAGUCCAUGGUGACACUGCUUAGACCAACACUGUGUAUUUCUCUCACAUAAAAUCUCUCCACACAUAAA